GCAAAACCCAUCCCCUAACACCCGGCUCACAAUGCUUCAUUCGCGGCUCUCGCAUGUCUGCGAUACCUGCAAGACACGGAAGGUUAGGUGUAAGAAGCCAUCGGAUCUUUCAGCAGGUUGCGAUAAUUGUCGCAAAAAAGGGGAUACUUGCGUCUACAGUCCCUUGAAGAGAAGAUUCAAGUCUCAAAAUCUGAGACCACGGAAUCAGAAUCCACGUCAAUCUCAAGGAGCUGCCCGUGCUCGGUCGGAGACGAGGACAGUGGGAGUGACUACGCCGCCAUCAUCAGCUCCUUCCAGCGAAAAUCCUUCACAAGAUGGUAGAGAUGACUUAAACCGGACACGAGUUCCAGAUCCCAUUCAAAAAUCCUCACAUCGAACCCUCUAUGUGGACCAUGUGCUUCAAACUCGUCAGUCAACGGGACGCAGUCAGAACGCUUCUUUUAUCCUAGGAGCCGACGAGAACUAUUUGGCCAGCUCAAGCAUGAGUUUCUUCUCCGAAAGCCGAUUAGAUGCUCUUUCAGUAUGUCUAGGUAAUAAUGCGCUCAGGUCGCUUAUCUCGAGUAUAUCAGGCAUGGUCAAAUCGCGUGUGGAAGUACUCAAUCGUAACCUCAGACCGUCUAGUAUCUGGAACCGAAUGGGCGAGAUUCCUGUCCUACUGCCAGGAAGAGCACGCUAUUUCAUUGAGAUCUACUUUGAAAAUAUCCACCCUUUAUAUCCCUUUCUAGACCGUCACGAAUUCGAGGCCAGGGCAUUUUUAUCUACUUUGGGUACUGAUCUUGCUAAUGAUAUAGCUUGGGCAACUUUAUAUUAUACUGUACUAGCUUUAGGUUGCGAGUUUGAUGGUGGAGGCUCGUUCACGCCUGGCAAAGGCGAAGCCUGGAGUCUUUUUAAGGUCGCACUUGAUCUUUACCCAAGGGUCUUGCUACUAAAUACAGACCUCCUAGAAGUUCAGUCAAUUACGGCCAUGGCCAUAUUCUGUCUCAACAUGUCGGGCACCCAGAUAGAAGGAAAAAUUCUAUCCGAGGCUGCAAGGGCUGCCCAGCGCGCAUUCUUAAACAAAGCAUCUACCGGCAGCGACACCACAGGUCGUAGCCGAGUUUUCUGGGUAGUGUAUUACAUUGAGAAAACAGUGUCAUUUUAUACCGGCUGUACAUCGUUUAUUGUGGACUGCGAUAUUGGUUCUCCCGUACCUUUUAUUGAGGAGGCAGUCUUCGAGAAUUUUGACUGGUUUUUUGUUUCGAUAAAGUUCGCAAGGCUUUACUCGCGCAUAUUCACUGAGCUAUUCUCUAUAACUGCAACAAAGAACUCAAGGACAACAUAUCUGAAUACGAUAUUUGAAUUUGAAGAGCUCUUAGAGCAACAAUGUCAAGCAAUUCCAUCUCGAUUCCGGCCUGGUGUUAAGCUGCGACCGCAAGUAUUUUCACAUCCCUGCGGACUUAACGCCGCUCUUCGGGUUCAUUACCACUAUCAUGAGCUCAAGAUCGCUCUCCAUCGCUUGAAGCUGCAUAUCAGUCGUAACCAAAUUAUUCCCCGGCUGUCAUCGGACAUGGCUGACAUUAUGAACUCGGCACGUGCCGUAAUUGAAAUUACUCGGGUCGUUCAGCAAGAACCAUCUACACCGUUCUACAUUAUAUUCUUCAUGCCGUUUACGGCCUUGUUCAUUUUAUUUGACCAAAUCAUCCGAGAUCCAAGUCAGGAAGAUACUCACGGCAAUCUCGCCUUACUUGAAAGUGUGACUGGCUACUUCAGCGCCCUCGAAUACGCCACGAGUGGGUAUUUACCAGGUUCUAUGCUGAUGCCAUUUGCCUCUAUUGCUCGACAAUUUCACUCUACUUUUCAGGCCUCCCGUGGGGACAAUGUCAGUAGUGGCAGUUGUGACAAGGGCGCUACUUCUGAACAAUCCACGGCGGAAAUGCUCGGCGUGGAACCAACCACACAUGGCCAAAUACCAUGGGAGAUUGUUUCUCCUCAGCCGAAUAUUGAUUACUCAUCUCAAAGUUUGCCAUCUAUUUCCUCGAAUAAUUUCAUCAUGCCUGAUGGCAGACUCACUCCUGGUUUGCAGAUCAUGGAUCUCUUUUGUGGUCCUGGUCAUGACGCUGAUUUCUUUUUCGCCCCAAAUUGAUGGAAUUGGAAUGCGAGUCGUUACUUUGGCGACUGGUGAAGAUUAGAUCACAAACCAAUGUUCAUAGACCUGAUUAAAAGGCUUUGAGUGAUUACAAAUAUCAAUCUAUAGCAGCAACAUUCCAGCCCUGCAAGA